AUGGAUGUCAAUGGACGCCCAAAGCCCCAGCCCUCCCCAGAGACUCCUGGGCCUCCUGCCCUGAACUCUAGCACACUCCUAGUGAACAAGAGUCCACAGCACGCUUCCCUCAGUACAGCAGGUGACAGACACCCACCAAAAACAGGUGCUGUGGUUAUUGACAUGGGCACAGGUACCUGUAAGGUGGGCUUUGCGGGCCAAUCCCAACCUACCUACACGGUGGCCACCAUCCUGGGUUUCCAGGCCAAGAAACAGGCUACCAAAGGCCAAUCAGAGCUGGAAACUUUUAUUGGGGAGGCAGCCCGCUCCCGCCCAGAGCUAAGGUUGGUGAAGCCUAUUCGCAAUGGUAUUGUGGUUGACUGGGAAGCUGCUGAAUUAAUAUGGCGGCACAUCCUGGAACAUGACCUCCGAGUGGCCACCCAGGACCACCCUCUGCUGUUUUCAGAUCCACCCUUCAGCCCUGCCACCAACCGAGAGAAGCUGGUAGAAGUGGUUUUCGAGUCUCUGCAUUCCCCGGCCAUAUAUGUGGCGUAUCAAUCCGUAUUGUCAGUCUAUGCCCACGGACGUGUUAAUGGACUUGUUGUGGACACUGGCCAUGGAGCCAGCUAUACAGUGCCAGUUGUUCAGGGCUACAACCUACCACAUGCCAUCCAAUGCUUGGACCUGGCCGGCAACCAUCUAACUGCCUUCCUAGCAGAGAUGCUGCUGGGCUCUGGCUUCUCAUUGCGACAGGAGGACCUGGACAUGGUGGAGAACAUCAAACAUAGUUACUGCUAUGUGGCCUCAGAUUUCCAAAAAGAACAGGCCCGUCUGGAUCAGGAGUGCAAGCAGACCCUAAAGCUGCCCGAUGGACGGACUGUCACCCUGGGGAAGGAAUUAUUUCAGUGCCCAGAGCUCUUGUUCCAUCCUCCAGAGAUUCCAGGACUGUCGCCCAUGGGCCUCCCAGCCAUGGCUAAACAGAGCCUCCUCAAGGUGCCUCCAGAGCUGCGGACCCACGUGGCCCAAAACGUACUCCUGUGUGGAGGCUCUUCACUCUUCACAGGCCUGGAGAGUCGCUUCAAGGCAGAGCUACUUCGCUCUCUGUCCCCUGAGGACCACGUGGCAGUGACGGCACAACCCAACAGGAACCUCUCCGUGUGGGUUGGGGGCUCCAUUCUGGCCUCAUUGCAUGCCUUCCAGUCCUGCUGGGUCCUCCGGGAACAGUAUGAAGAAAGGGGACCCCAGGUCGUAUACCGAAAAUGCUACUAA